CGCGCGUAAGCCAGGAAGCUCGCGAGCGGAGUAACGGCCGGCGGCUGAGGCGAGUUGACAGGGAAGUGGCGGAGCGGCGCCGACUGGGAGAAACUUUAUUUUGAAAAAUAUUAAUAACUACGUUCUUGUGACCGGUGGCGGACGACUAAUAGUCUGGACUUUAUCAUCUGUUCCUUGAAGCUGACCAAAGAUGGCUGUGAAUGUCUACUCUACCUCUGUGACCAGCGACAACCUGAGUCGCCAUGACAUGCUGGCAUGGGUUAAUGAGUCACUGCAGAUGAACCACACCAAGAUUGAGAUGCUGUGUUCAGGUGCAGCCUAUUGUCAGUUCAUGGACAUGCUUUUCCCAGGUUCUGUGCCUCUGAAGAAGGUGAAAUUCCAGGCCAAACUGGAACAUGAAUUCAUUCACAACUUCAAAAUCCUGCAAGCUGCUUUCAAGAAGAUGGGUGUUGAUAAGGUUAUUCCAGUGGAUCGACUGAUGAAGGGCAAGUUCCAGGACAACUUUGAGUUUGUGCAGUGGUUCAAGAAGUUCUUUGAUGCCAACUAUGAUGGGAAGGAAUAUGAUCCAGUGGAGGCCCGGCAGGGCCAGGACACUGGUCCAUCCCAGAGCCCUAGCGUAUCUGCUGUUGCUAAGCCCAAAAAGCCUGGGAGCACUGGGAAUGCUGCUCCUCAGCGAGUGGUCGUAGCUUCCAAACCCCCUCCAAAGACUACCACAACAGGUCCAGUACGGAGGACCGGGUUCGGGGAUGAGGAGAGGAAUGAGCUCCUGCAAGAGGUGUCCUUACUGAAGUCUACCAUCCAGGACAUGGAGAAGGAGCGAGACUUCUACUUUGGCAAACUGAGGAACAUUGAGCUCAUCUGUCAAGAGAAAGAAGGCGAGAAUGACUCCACAUUGCAAAGGAUUGUGGACAUUCUAUAUGCCACAGAUGAGGGGUUUGUCAUCCCAGACACCGAGCAGGGGGAUCAAGAGGAGUUUUAAAUGGUUCAUACUUGAUGCAUAUUUUUUGCCACCUGCGUUCUGUAACAACUGCCACUGAACCACCAUCCGUCCGGCUCACAUGAUUCCAGACCCCGUUUUUUGCUUGCUUCAUGACCCUAACACAGAGUCUUUCUCCACUGCAACAAGAACCAGCAGUCUGUACACUGGACCCGUGAUGACUCUGUGGAAGCCAUGUCCACAUACUGGAAUGUCUCUUGACACUGUGAUAUUAGGAGUGUGAAAACAAGAGCUCUGAACCCCCCCUCCCCCAAGGUCAUUCUCAGCCUUAGAAUGUGGUAUGUCUGCAAGUGUCAGCUAUGUGCUUUCUGAAAAAGACAAUUGCAGUGCUGACAUGCAUUUAUUCCACUCAGUGUUUUUCACCUCUGUGGUUUUGUUCACAUUGAAGAGCACUUGCCAAACAUCUUCUGUACUCCAAACCCAACUUUUAAAUAUUUAUGAAUGUUGCUGUUCUGUACGAAUAUAUUCUUUUUUUAAAAAAAUAUAUUUGAAGUUCAUGAUGCUAUCGCUAUCAAGACAAUUUAUGCACAAUAGAGGCACUUGCCCCACAUUCUUAGGUGAUGCUGCCUUGUCUUUUCUGCCACAAAAUCCUGAUUUAACUGCCUCAGGAAAGCAAGGUCCUUACAGACUUACUGCCACGGAGACGGGUGUCUUUCUGCACUGUGAGUGGAGUUGGAACAAUAUGACUUUUUAAUUUAAUUU